UCUAAACCCUUGCUCCGCCUUUCUCUCCGCAGCUCUUCUUUCUCCCUCUUAAACUGUUUGUUUCUCUCUCUACUUUCUCUCUUUAAGCUGCUCUGUAAUGGCGAGAGAGAAGAAGUUGAAGCCUGUUGUUUCGUCUUUCACUCCUGAUGGGGAUUUCCUCGCCAUUUUAUCUCCCGACGGAACAGUUAAAAUUUGGAACACAAGUUAUCAAAGUCUAGUGGCAGAGUGGAAGGGGCCAGAUGUGGACUCUGGUAUCAGUUAUUCUUGUAUGACAUGUAGUUUUGUUGGAAAAAAGCGUAGAAAAGAACGUGGCGCAUGCUUAUUAUUGGCCCUUGUCACAAAUGAUGGAAACAUUUUGGUGGUCGAUAUUUUUGCUGGUGAAAUGAAGUGGGAAUCUUCCAGAUACCAUCCUGGAGGAAUUGUGGGGCUUUCUUUUGCAAAUAAAGGGCGUAUUCUUCAUGUAGUGGGUACUAAUGGAAUGGUCUCAACAUUGAAAUCAGAAAAUGGAGAACUUAUAGGAGAGUUCAAAGCUUCAAAGAAGCCGAUCUCUUCCUUAGCUUUUUCUAGCGACGAGAAAAUCUUAGCCAUAGCUGGUAGCAAGAUACGGGUUCUAAGCUUGGAAAAUGGGAAAGAACUUCUGAAGUUCCCUGAUGAUUUGGAGUCUGUGCAGAGUAUUUGGAUAUCUAAUGAUGCCAAUACCAUUGUUACAUCUGGGUUUGGUGAGAAACAUCUUCAAGUGUGGAACUGUGAUUUGAAUAGAAAGACUGUCAGUAAAGGGCCUGUUCUUUCCAUGAAACAUCCUCCAGUAGUAUUUGAAUGCAAGCAUGGUUGGAAUGAAGAUGAUGGUUUAGUCAUCCUCUCAGUUUCCAGUUCAGGUAUAGCUUAUUUGUGGAAUUUGAAGACCACAUCAGCACAGGAGUAUAAUCCAACAAAGAUAAUGGUAAAAACUAAAGAAGCUGAAAUAGACCAGAAACACAGUGGAAGUACCAAGAAGAGUCGCACUUCUAUCAUUACUGCUAGAUUAAAUGCUUUACAAUCAGAUGGAUGGGUGACAGCUCUUGUUUGUUAUGGUUCCAUUAAUUCUCCUCAGUUUAAUCUCUUGGAAAUUAGUAACCCAGGGGAGGAUAUUGUUGUAGCAGCCACAGACAACAUUGUGAAAACUGUUGCUGAGGCUGGGAGGGAGAAUGGUGUUCUUGCAGGAAAAGAUUUGGAAUUAGAGGCAGCAGCAGAACCAAUCCAAAACAAGAAGUCAAAUAAAAAGCGAGCAGCAUCUGAUCCUGAUCUUGCUGCUGCAGAAAAUAUGGUUGAUAUUGGCCAUGGAGAGGCUGUGGAUGGAGUCCAAAUUGAUGAUGAUUGGGAUGAGCCGACCAUGGGCGAGAAACUUGAGAGUUUAAAUCUAAUAGAUAAUGCUGAUAAUGGCAAGACCCAUGAAAAUCAAGAAUCUUCUCUUCACACAAUGCCUCCAAGCGCAGACUCAGUUCAUGUUUUGCUUAAGCAAGCAUUAAAUGCAGAUGAUCGUGCACUUCUGUUAGAUUGCUUAUACACCCAAGAUGAGAAGGUUAUUGCAAAUUCAGUCUCACUGCUAAAUCCAUCUCAUGUUCUCAAGCUUUUAGGCUCUCUCAUAUCCAUGAUUGAGUCAAGGGGUGCAAUAUUGGUAUGUGCCCUUCCAUGGCUAAGAAGUUUACUCCUUCAACAUGCGAGCGGAAUAAUCUCUCAGGAAUCAUCUUUACAUGCCCUCAACUCUUUAUUUCAGCUCAUAGAAUCAAGAGUUUCAACUUUCCGUCCAGCUCUUCAGCUACAAAGUUGCUUAGACUUCCUUUAUGCAGGGGUUGGUGAUGAUGGGUUAGAUGAGAAUGAGACCGUAACGCCAAUUAUUUAUGAGGACAAGGAUGAUGAAAGUGAUGAAGGGGAGGAAUCUGGAGAUGCCAUGGAAACAAAUGAAGAUAGCGAGGAACUUGAAGGCUUCAGUGGUUUAAGUGAUAUUGAAGGAAGUGAAGGAAUGAGCGACUGACUUUUGAUGAUUAAAGGCUGGGUUAGUCGGAGUUUGAAGAAAAGAUUCUGGGCCUAAACUGGUACUUGAGUUAUAAUCUGAUCGGAAGAAAAACCAAUAUGAUCUAUGGACAUUCUAUUUAAUUGUUUUUUGUUUGUCUGGGAAACAGAAAUCUCAGUGAAACACAGCCCAAUAUAGUACUGGAGAUGGUGAAACCCUUCCAGAGUUGAGGAGUUAGUGAUAGUGAACAAAAACUUGAGAGCAGUUCCAUGCCCUUGUUGCACAAGAUGAAGACUAAGAAGGAAAGAAAGGAAGAAAGAAAAAGGCCAUGAGCAUAGCUUGGUGAGCCACGGAGAUGCACUGUGUUUUCUUGUUUUUAGGGUUCUUUUGUUCCCUUUUUGUAGGAGUGUCUGUGAUGGGGUUGUAGCAUUCCACACGUUGUAAUGUGUUGGGGUGCAAAAUUUUGAUGCAACAAUUUAAAGUGGAUCGAGGAGAAACACAAAUAUUGCUUUUCAUUUUUAUAUGCUGUGCCAAAGAGAUCGAGGAGUAUGAUUUUACGGUU